AUGUCGUACCUCGCCGAGUCCGUGGAUCACAACCAGUACCUGUUCAUCGCCCCGGUGUCGACGGCCUCCAGGCGCGCGUGGGGGUCACGAGCUACGAUAACCCAGCCGGUGGUGGCCGACACGACCAUCAUGCAGCUCAGGCACUGCUUGAAGCUCAGCAUCCGGCACACAAGCAUCUGGAACGCGGCUGCCCACUUCGGCAAAAGCUGUACCUCCUUAAGCUUGCGAACAAAAGCGCUUGUGGGUGGAGCCCAGCGGCUUGAGCUCAGGCCGCCAGGGGGGGACACAUUGAGAUCCUCAAAUGGCUUAAAGCGCAGGGCUGUGGAUGGGACGAAUUUCGUACUGGGGAGGCGCCGUCGGAUGUCAUUCCCGGGUGCUAGAAUGGGCGCCGUCACCCACGGAGAACUGGCCGACGGGGAUGCGGGACCCGAACGCGCGGGUGUGACGACAUUCUGGAGUGUCCUGGGAGACACGGCUGCCCUUGGGAUGAGACGACGUCGACAAUCGGCCGCACGUUGCGGAGACUUCGACGGCCACUUGUCGGCUUUUCCGAAGGAAUGCCCUUUCGACACCGAAUCCUGGUUCGGGGCCGCUCGCGAAGGGGAUAUGCGCAUCAUUAAGAGGUUGAACGAGACGGCCAACCUUGAAGUCCUACAGUGGAUGAGGACGAAUGGAUGUCCAUGGAACGAGCGGACCUGUUCGGAGGCAGCGAAAGGCGGGCAUCUGGAACGUUUGCAGUGGGCAGGAGAGAAUGGAUGCGCGUGGGACAGCGACCCUUGGGCGGGGGCUGCCGGGGGAGAGCACCUCCAGAUUUCGCGAUGGACACGAGCGAACGGCUGUCCUUGGGAUCAACAGGCUUGCUCGAUUCCGGCCGAAGGAGGGAACCCGGACAUUCUACAAUGGCUGCGUGGGAACGGCUCAAAAGGCGAGCAUCUGGAACGUUUGCAGAGGGCAACGAAUGAGUGCGCGUGGGACAGCGACACUUCCGCGGGUGCUGCCUGGGGACAGCACCUCGAGAUUCGCGAUGGACACGAGCGAACGGCUGCGCUUGCAAUGGACGGGCUUACUCGAUUCGGGCUGAUCGAGGAAAUCUGGAUAUUCUACAAUUGCUGCGUAUCCGAAGGACAGCCGUUCCCACGCAGCCAUUGCAGAAUGUCCAGGUUCCCUCGUUCGGCGGUGGUCGAGCAAGCCCGUCUGUCCAAAGCACUGAUGUUUGCUCGUGCCCAGCACCAAAUCUCAAGGGGCUCUCCCCAGGCAGCCACCACGCAAGUGUCGCUAUCCCAGGCGCAUCCAUUCUCUCUCGCCCUCUGCAAACGUUCGAGAUGCUCGCCUUUCGCUGCCUCUCAAAAGGAUUCGGUGUCGAAGGCCUCCAAGCGCGCGUGGGGGCCACGAGCUACGAUAGCCCGGCCGGUAGUGGCCGGCACGUCAAUCAUGCAGCUCAGGUUCUGCUUGAAGCUCGGCCUACCCUCGAGCAUCCGGCAUACAAGUAUCUGCACCGCGGCUGCCCGCUUUGGCAAGAACUUGAACCUGCUUGUGCUUGCGCACAAGAGCGCUGGUGGCUUCGCGCGCAGAGCUGUGGCUGAGUGGAUGAGAACAAACGGAUGUCCAUGGGACGAGCGGACCUGUUCCAAGGCAGCAAAAGGCGGACAUCCGGACCUUGUACAGUGGGCACGAGAGAAUGGGUGCGCGUGGGUAAGCGACACUUCCGCGGGGGCUGCCUGGGGACAGCACCUCGAACUUUUGCGAUGGACGCGAGUGAACGGCAGUCCUCGGAAUAGACGGGCUUGCUCGAUUCCGGCUGAUCGAGGGAACCUGGAGAUUUUAUGUUUGCUCGUGCCCAGCGCCAACUCUCAAGGAUGCGGUGUCGAAGGCCUCCAGGCGCGCAUGGGGGCCACGAGCUCGCUAGCUCGGCCGGUGGUGGCCGACACGUCCAUCAUUCAGCGCAGGUACUGCUUGAAGCUCGGCCUGCCCUUGGGCAUCCGACAUACAAGCAUCUGCAACGCGACUGCCCGGAUGUUGCACACAAGGGCGCUGGUGGGUGGAGCCCAUCGCCUUGUGGUCAGGCCGGCAGGGGGGACACCUUGA